GACCGCUCUAGUUCCUCUCUGGUUUAAUUGUCAUUAAUUAAAAUAUUUGAACGAAAGCGAUAUUUUUUUUUCUCUUUAAUCAUAUAUUAGGUUUUAUUACGCGUUUUAUUACGAAGCGAUUUGCAUGUUUGAUAAUAAAAACGAAGUAUCCGCACUAUCCGCAGUCGCUUCGUGGGAUAGGAUCCAAAUGUAUUCAAACGCAAUGAAAAUAAACAUCGACGAGUAUGAGUAUGAACCGGCCUCCCUCCUUUUCUCUGCCUCUCUCUGUUGGCUCUGUUUGGGUCUUUCCUUUGCUCAAUUCAAAAUUCAAAGCUCUUCGAAUUACACGUACACUUUACAUUCCGAUUCGCGUCACAUCCUCGACGGAUGUAGGCACUCUCGUUUUCCAAGCGGUUAAAAAUGCGAUGGAGAAGCGAUGUUGACACAACAAAGCAUGACAUAAGUACAGUUGAGAUUCUGUCAAGAAUGUGAGUGAUGUUAAUCUGUAGUGAUCGAAGAAAACUGCAAAAAGAAGAGAAAAAACCCCGAUAGCCAAACAUGAAUCUCAUUGAUCGAGUUCUGGUGCCUUUGCUCAUUUUUACGUUCCUCGUGCCCGUACGAUGCGAACUUGUAACAUUCGGUGUUGUGGGUGCAUUAAGCGGUUUAGGUUACUUUGCAUACGACAAGUUAAAGUGCAAGUACAAGGAAUGCUGCACGGAUGAAUACAUUCAUCCUGAUUUAGAUAGACUACAAUACAUGCUUAAUGCUAAAUUAUUCGGGCAACAAAUUGCUCGUGAAACAAUAAUAAAUGCACUGCAGGGUCAUUUGCAAAAUAACAAUUCACCCAAGGCAUUAGUCAUGAGUUUUCAUGGUACACCAGGGACUGGCAAGAACUAUGUGGUGCAGAUGAUUGCCAAAACUUUUUAUAAAAAUGGUAUUCAGAGUAAUUAUUUUCACUUUUUCAAUGGCCGCAAUGAUUUCCCUUUGCAACGAAAAAUAGAUGAAUAUAAGGAAGAUUUAUACAAAAUUAUCUCCAACAGUUUGCAGGAAUGUGACAGAUCAAUGUUUGUGUUCGACGAGGUAGACAAAAUGCCAGAGGGUCUACUGAACGUGCUAGUUCCUUUUCUGGACUACAACAGUUAUCACAAAUCUACCAAGCAUAGCGAAUCCAUGCAUCAAAAUAAAGCCAUUUUUAUAUUUCUAUCAAAUACCGGCAGCACCCAGAUAGUGCAGUAUCUUACGAACUUGUGGGAGAGAGGCAGGAAUAGGGAAGACACGCGAUUGCAGGAUUUCGAGAAAUUAGUAGCCGAGGGGGCGUUCAACGAGAAAGGUGGUUUUCAUCACAGUGACACUAUACAGACUAGCGUGAUCGAUCACUAUGUACCUUUCCUGCCUCUUGAGGAGGUGCACGUUAGAAAAUGUUUGGUAAAGGCUUUCACCGAACGGGGAGUCAUUCCAAAGGAGGAGAUGAUAGAGGAGGCGCUAUCGCAUUUGACCUUUGGUCCUGAACCACAUAAUCUGUAUUCGAUGGCUGGCUGUAAGAGGAUAGAUCAGAAAGUUGCUGCUAUUGUGUAUCGUAAACAAUCCGAGUCUAGAGCUAUUGAAAGAGAUAAUUUGAUUGAUUGAGAUAACUUGAAAUAAUCGAAUUAUUAAUAAAAGUAGCAAUAUCGAUGAGGCACUCUUCAACAUAUAAGGAGUUGAUAACAUUUCGAUAAGACCUUUAUUGAUAAAAUUUCUUAUUGGCACACUCAGAAAAAUAUGUCUAACAAUUAAAAAAAUAGUAAAACUAAUUUUUCGUACUUACAAUUAUAUAUAUGAAAAAGAUAAAUAUACAUAUAUAUAUUUAUUCUAUAUUUUUAUAUCUAUAUAUAGUUGUUCGAUAAUUAGUUAUCUAAUUAGUAAAAAGAGAAUAAUUUCUCAAUUUUCUAAAAUAAAUUUCUCAUAAUUAAUCAAUUCUGUUGCUUGAAAUAUAAUAUAUCGAGCAAAUUUCAUAAACAUAGAUAAGAUUUGGUGUAUUUCCCUUUUUGUGAACUUAGUACCUAAAUAUUACUAUUCUAUUCGAUAAAAUUUUGAUACUAAUUGAGCUUAUGACAAAGGAAAAUUUUUAGGCAGCUUUUCUUUCAUGGACUUUUAACUGUUAUUAUAAGCAACAAUUGAAGAGAUUCUAGAGAAAUUUAUAUAUAAUUACAUUUUACUUCAUCUAAAUAUGUAUGAUAUUAUGAAAGUCAAUUAUAAUAGACAUCGAUAAUUAAUAAAACAAUAUGCAAAGUCAUCAAGAAUUAUAAUCAUAAUAUUGAACGCUUAUCAAAUGAAUAAUUCUUUGAGACAUUUAACAAUAAAUGAGUACAAUAUAUAAAUAUAUGUAUGCAAACUUAAUAAUGAUCUUAUUUCAUAAUGAGAAAUUGUUCUCUUUGUUUUUCAAUUACCGAACACCCUGUAUACAAUUUGUGUAUGUAUUUGUUUGUAAUUUAAAUAUAAUUACAAAUACCUUCUGUUAAUUGUACGAAUAGGAUUAUGUACAAUUAAUCUGGCAAUUGACUUUGAAAUUUAAUCAUAAAGAAGAAAGUUGUUGGCAAGAUGUAAACUGUCAUAUAUACAGAUCAUAAAAAAUAAAAAAAGAAAUCGAUAAUAGACAUGUCUUUGGGGCAAAAAAUUCCCUUUUUGUUAAAAUUGAAGUGAAGAACUAAGCGUAAAAUGUAAUUUGAAUUCUUUGGUAUAAUCUUUCUUUUGUUUUAAUUUUCUUUAAGAAAAAGUAUCUAAUUCUCAAAGAAAAAAAUCAUCCUCUAUCUUUUCAGGGACAUUUUGUAUGCGCACAUUUUUUUCUAAAUGCAUUUUCGAACAAACAACUUUAAUCUUUAUGAUAUCAUCGCCUAACAAUAAUUAGGAAUGCUGCGUCGCAGUAAGAAAUAUAUGCAAUAUUAUACUUAUAAUUCUAUACAUGGCUAAAAAUAUUUAUCUAAAUAUAGCGUCGAUACGAUGUAACGCAUUCAAAUCUCAUUAAACACAAAAGAGCUGUAGCAUCAGAAUUGCACAUGCGACGCCCAAAUUGUGCAUACAUUUACCUACAUUUUUUUAUACAACGCAAAAAUGCCUCGUGAAUAAACUCAUCUUCUUAUACUUCUCUAUU